AUGUAAUUUUUAAAAUCCUAUUUCACAGAUCACAUUAAUACCUAUAUUUUUGAAUAUUUUGAUAACAUUUCAAAAGAUCAAAUUACUACUUAAUUAUCUAAAGGAUAGAUCCAAUUAAAUAAUAUGGAAUUCAAACCCUUCAUUUUUAAAAAAUUUAAUAUGCCUUUAAUAAUUAAACAGAGCAUGAUCAAUAAUAUUAGUAUAACUUUCGGAAAAUAAUGUUAAAUCAAAAUUCAUACACUUAAUAUUGUAAUAGAAAUACUCAAUUUAUAUGGAAAUUUUAUUAUGGAAAGUGCUAUUAAAUUACAAAUCCUCGAUAACUUUAAAAAUUCUUUAGUAUAAACUCUUUUAAAAGCUAUAUCAAAUUAAGAUAAUUAACAAAAGUAAACUAAUAAAAAGUAUAUCUUUAAGUUAAUUCAAAACAUGGAAAUAGAAUUAACUAAUUUUAAUAUUAGAAUUGUUGAUAAUUAUUGUACUUAGAACUCUUUUGGUAUAAAAUUAGAAAAUUUAACAUGUAAGUCCUCAUCUAAUUCUCAACAAUCAAAAUUAAGGAAUAUUGAUAUCAGAAAUCUUUAAUUAUUUUGGUAAGAUCCUGUUACUUAGAUUAACGCAUAAGCUUCACUUGAAGAUAUAGCAGAAUAAAACUCUGAUACACUCUCCUUUAUAUUACGAGUUGUAUUUCACAAAUUCAUGUUUAACUGUUCCAAACUCCAAAGUUAAUCAAUAUAUAAAUUUUCUGAUUAUAUCUCACAAUUUAAUAAAAGAUAAAAUUAAUAAGUUGAAAAGAGUACAAAUAAUGAAGAUGAUGAAAAAGUGAAAGCUGAAAUUAAAAAAAUCUUAACCAGUAUUCCUCUCUCGGAAUUUUCAAUGGAAUCUUAAUCUUAUGAUUAUCUGUGUUAACUUGCAGAAACUUAAUCUAUUAAUGAUCUAAAAUAAAUACAAUUUGAAAUUUUAAAAAAUUAUAAAGGUGAUGAAAUAGUUUUAAUGAGUAAAAAGAAUUUAGGAUGGUUAAGGGGAAUAUUGAAAAAUGAUAAAAAUAUGGAAGAAAAAAUUGUCAAUAAAUUAGAUGUCUUAGAGUAGGAUCCUAAUUUGUAAAAAUAAUAUCUAAAAAGUCUUUAACUUAAAUUUGAAUUAGCUAUAAAUUAAUGUUAAAUAGGCUUAUCUUCUAUAUACAGAGGAUAAUUGAAUCAAUUGAUUAUCAAUUUUUAAAAUUUAAGUAUGUUAAUUAUUAAAAAUAAUUAAUUGAAAUUAGAUUUCACUAUCAAAUAAGUAGAAGUACUUUUAUAAUACCAAGAUAAAACUAAUUAUUUGAUUUCAAAAAAUACUAAUUUUCAUGAUAGAUAUAGUUUAGAAUUAUAUCAUACUAAUGAUGAUAAAAAGGAAAGUCUACUUAUUUAAACAUGUCCCUUUUAAAUUUUGUUUAAUCAAGAAGAAUUUGAAAAAUAUUAUGAUUUGUUUUAUUUUUUUGUUGUUUCAGAAAAUCAAAUACCUAAAUUAACUAGAAAAGCUAAAGAAUAAAUUUAAGACAUUGUUAAUGAUUAAAAAGAAAAGGAUAUAAAUUUUAAAUUUGAGAAAAUAUAUAUAAUUUCUACAAAUAGUAAGGAAACCUUUCUAUUCAGUCCAGGAUCUAUUGAUUUUAAUUAUAAUACAUUAAACUCAUCAUAAUAUCAGAUUAAAAUAUCUGACACUACUUUUGGUUUUUCUUGUAUUGAUUUAAUUAAUCAAGAAUAUUUAUUUAACAGUAUAAAUUUUUCUAGAGAUUUUAUUGAAAUAACAAAAUGUGACAUCAAUCUUGUAAUUAAGGUUUAAGAUAAUCAGAUCAAUUCUAUAUUAGAGUUGAAUGAUUUAAAUUUUUAAAUUAAUCCUAUGAUUUAUAAAUACUUUUAUUAAUUCUUUGAAACUCAUUAUCAAUAACCAUUAAAGGAAUUAAAAAAUCAACUUAGAAAUAAUGAAGAGAAUCAUCAUAAAUUUUGUUUUUUUCAUACUUCCUCUAUCAAUAAUAAAAUUAAAUGCAGAUUCGCAUUUUAAUAAAAUUUCUUAAAUUUGUAUGAAGUUGAAAAAGAUGUUAAAAUUAUGAAAAUUGAUUUAGAAAAUAUAUUUUAUAAAACAUCCUUAAAAAAUGAAUUUCAUAUUUUAGAAUUAAAAACAAAAAAUUAAAUAAUAUGGUUAGAUUUUUAAACAAAUGAAGAUAGAUAAAUAGUAAUCAAUUAAUGUUAAAUAUCUCGUGAUGAUAAUUACUAUGUAGAAAAUAUUUUGUAAGAGAAUGGAACAAAUUCAAUCUAUUUUGUAGAUAAUAUAAAAAAAUUAGAAAAAUAUUAAGAAAAGUUAUUUUUUUUUGAAAUUAAAUUAAAAAGCAUUUUUAUUAAAGUUUUAGAAAAUGAAAAUUAACCACUUCUAAAUAUUCAUCUCACUAAUUUAAAUGUUAUAAAUUAGAUUACUAAAUUAUAAUAAAAUAUAACAUUAAAAUUCAGUUAUUUUACAGUUACUAGAGAUUUUAAUUGUUAAAGCUUUUAUUUUUAAGAUAAAAAUCUUUUGGAAAUUUAAAAUGAUUAACAAUCCAGAAACAUAAUUGAGUAUUCUCAGAAAUUAAAUGAAGAUUCAACUGUUAAACUUUAUCUUCAUUAUUGUGUUUUAAGUUAUAGAGCUAAAACAAUAGGUCAAAUUUUAGAAUAAUAUCCUAUUUAAAUUCAGAAAGAUUGGAAUCUAAAAAAAUUCAUAAUUAAUUUUUAUUUAACAUAAUACCCUGAUCUUCAGAUUAUUUGUAAUGAUAUGAAUAUCGAAAUUAAUUUAAAAUAAAUUUUAUUCAAGCAAAGUGAACUUAAAUAAAUUAAAUGGACAUAGAAUUAUAUAUAAAUUAUGUUUCCUCAAGAUUCUUUUGAUGAAGAUUGUUUAUAGUUUAAAUGUAUUCCUUAAGGAAUAUUAAAAGUUUAGAAUUAAAAAGAGAUGACAAUAGAUAUUAAACUCAAAGAAGCUUAGGCAAUAAUGACUUAAUUAUAAACACUUUAAAUAAGCAAAUUAAAAAAAAGAAGUUCCAAAAAAGUUCUUUUAUCAGUCUGUGAUAUAAUUUUUAAUUGGUAACUUGUAAUUUAAACAAAUGUGAUUAAUCACUUAAUGAAUUUUAGGAUGACUCAAUUAAAAUUUAUUUUGGGUGCUAAAGAUAUCUCUUACAUUUCAAAAGAAAUAGAAAAGCUAUCAAAAUAAAUAGCUGAUUUCUAUAAUUCUCAUGAUAUAGCCAAAUAUCUUAUCUAAUAGAGAGCAUAGAUUUAUUAAUUGAAUAUUGGUGUUUAAGCCUAAAUACAAUUAGUAUUUAUUGAUGAUUUAUACUAAUAAUCAUAACCAAUGUUUGGUAUUACUUUAAAGUAACCAAUUUUAACAUUAAAAUUAAAUUAAAAUGAUAUCGAUUUUUAGAUUAAAAAUAUAUUAGAAUUAUAUUUUUAUCAUUCUUUUAAACUUGAAUGGGAACCAGUUAUUGAAUCCAUUUAUUUAUAAUUCAUUUUAACAAUUUCUAAUCAAAACCCCAAGAUCAUUCUUAGUUUUUAAAUACAAGAUGUCUGUAAUAUUAAUAUAUCAAUGGAAUUAAUUUAGAAUUUAUUGAAAUUUUAGUUAUUAAACUAAUAAUUUUAAUAUAAUUAAAAGAAAUUAGAUAAUUAGCAGAUAAAUUAAAAUAGUGCGUAAAUAAUUACAUACGAAACUUAUGAAAUAUGUAAUUUUAGUGGUUUAUAAAUUGUAGCAGAAGGCAAAGAUUAAUAAAUUAUAAAAUUAUCAAAUUUAUAGAAAAUUCACACUACAUGUAAAGGUCUUUUCUAAUUUGAUGUAAAUGGAAUUAACACUACUCUUAAAAUUUAAAAUUGGAAUUUGUAAUUAUAGAAAAAAAAAGUCAUAUCAGAAAAAGGUAUAACUUUAAUUAUUGAAACAAUUGUAGAUGAAUUUAUGAAUUCUUCAAAAACAAUAAUUAGUAGCAAUAUGUUAAUAAUUAAUUUGACUCCAUUUCCAUUAUAAAUAAACAUUUCUGGUUAAGAAAUUAUAAAUUUAGAUUAAUAAGAUAGAUUUUAAUAAUUUUAAAAAUUUCAAAAAUACCCUAACAUUUUUUUUAUUUCAAGUCAUUAAUAAAAAGGCAAAUUCUGUGUCUAAGAAAAAAAUAUAUCAUCUGAAUAUUUCAAUUAUUCUGAUAUUGCUUUAAAAUUAGAAUAAAAAAAUAAUUCAGAGAUAUUAAGUCUAAAUAACAGAUUUUUUAGAUUACAAUGUGUACAUGAUCCUUUAAUGAAGGAAAGAUCAAUGAUUUCUAUUGUUCCUUUUGUAGAAUUCAUCAAUCAAACCCCUUUUAAAAUUAGAAUAGAUAAAAAUUGUCCUGAAGAUAAAUAAUUUCUUAAUUUCACUAUUGCAUAGAAUGAAAUAGUAUAGGAUUGUUAAUUAAAUCCUUAUAAAAAUAACAAAUUUUUUUUUACUGUUGAUAGAUAUUAUUAAUCGAUUGAAUAUACAUUUUAAGAUUUGAUGAAAAAAAAUGAAAUAUGUUUGGAAGAUGAAAAAUGGUACUUAAACUAUGAUAAAAAGAAUUUAAAUUUAAUAUUAUUGAUCUAACCAAAAGUGGAUGAUUAAGGAAGACAACAAAUUAUUAUUUCGUUUAAGUAAUCUUACUUAAUCAAUAAUACUAAAUUAGAUUUAGUAACUUAUCAAGGAACUGAAUAGAAUUUUUAAAUUUUAGGAGGAUAAAAAUAUUCCACUUCUUAUUAAUUGAUUGUGCUUUUAACAAUUAAAAAAAACCAUUAAUUGAUUUUUGAAGAAAGAAAUUCAAAUUUAAAAACAUAACCUUUAAUAUUAGAAAAAAUCAUAAAAAUACACACUAUAAACAUUUAAAAAAAAGAAAAUGAUCAAACUUAUUAUAUUCCAAUUUUGAUUAUGAAAAACUUUAUUUAAAUGGGUGAUUGCACUAUUCCAUUUUUUGAAUUGGGCUAUAAAUACUUAGUCUUAAAUAGAUUAGCUUAGAAAAUUCAACUUUGUUACAAAAAUACCAUAAUUUUACUGGAACCUUUUGUUUAAACACCAUUACAAAUUUGGAAUUUAAAUCUUAUCAAUGAUCCUAAUCUACCAUAUGAAUGUUCUUUAAAAAUAAAUAUUGAUAAUUAGAUCUUAGAGACAGAAAAAUUCAAUAUUAUGACUUAUAAUUAAUUUAUUAUGUUAAUCAGAACAAUUGAUCUUUGUUUAAGAAAAUUUUUAAAAGUAACUAUUUUAUAUCAAAAAGGAUAAUAUUAGUUUUUAAUUGAUGAAAUUGAAAAUUAAUAAGAUUAUCCAUAUAUGAUAAUUAAUGAAUCUAAAUCUUUACAAAUAAAAUUAGAAAGAGAUAAUAAAAUUUUAACAAAUGGAGGUCGAUUUCCAUUAGCAUAAGAAAAUUAAUCCGAUUAAGAAUUCACUUAUUUAGUUAAUUUAAAAGAUCAAAGGAUGAAAUGGGAGAAUUCGAUUUAAUUUGCUUUAAAAUUAGAUUAGAUUGGGUUAAGUGGAACUUUAAAAAUAAAUGGUUUAUAAUAUAAUUAUGUUAUCAUUAAAGUAGAUUAACAAAAAUAAUUUAUUUUUAAAGAUUUUCAAAAAUUAAGCCAAAGUUAGUACUAAUUAGAAAAAAUUAAAUAUAUCUUUGAACUUAGGAUGCAAAUCUAUGGUUGUACAAUUUCAUACCUUGAAAAUUUAAAAUAUUAAUGUAAAGAAUUAGCGAUUUGUUUCUUAGAAAAUAUAGCUAUAUAAUAUAAAUCAAAUGAAUUAAAUUAAAAAUAGAUAAAUUUUAACUUAUACAAAUUGUAAAUAGACGCUUAAUCCAAAACUCUGUCAGAAUAAAAAACUAUUUUAUUUUCUGAAGUUUAAGAAUAAUAAAAUUCAAUAGAAUUUGAUCUCAGAUUAGAUGGAGCAAGAUAAGAUUGUAUUUUUGUAGAUUUGGUAAACAUAAAUUUGGGUAAUUUUCAAUUUUGUAUGGAUCAAAGAUUUAAAGAUAAAUAAGAACAAAUUUAGGCAUAAUUAUAAGAAUUUAUUAGUUUAUAUUCUACAUAAAAAAACAACAAUUAACUUCUUGAAAAAUAAAAUCCAAAAUAUUUACAAAAAAAGAUUCGUGAAAUGAAAUAAACUUAGAUAUUUGUAAGAAAAUUAUAAUUUUAACCAAUGAAAAUGAAAAUAUUAUAUCUAAAAGAUAUUUAUGAAUUUUAAAGGUAAUAAUUUGUUGAAGAAUAUUUUAGGAGUUCACUGUCUAAUAUUAUUCAUAAUGUCAUUAUUAAAUAUAUUCUGUUUGAUUAAGGGUUUUGUUGUAGUAUGAUUAGUUAAUAUGUAAUAAAUAAACUUAUGAUUAAUCCCAAUAAAUUGAUUAAAUGGAAAAAGAUAAGAAUAAAAAGAGCAAUGUAUGAACCAAUGAAAUUAUUUAAAGUCUUUAAUGAAAAAUAAGCUUAGCAUUAUGAAAUUUUAAAAUAAGCAAAGAAAUGUGAUAAAAACAUUAAAUUUUCAGAUUUAAAAUUUAUAAUAAUUAGUAUGCAUAAUGCUAUUUUGAAAAAUGAAGCCUAAAUAUUGUAUAUUUGUGAAUAACAAAUAUUUUUCAUACAUGAAAGCCUUAUUUAAAUUUAUUUGAAGUAUGAUGACAUAAAAUUAGUAUAUUCGAAACCAGAAUCAUUACAGAUUCAUAUAGUCUGUUAAACAGAGGAACUAACUUUAUUGAUGGAGGAUUAGUCUAAUUUAGAGAUUGCAAUAUAAAGUUUAAAUAGAUUUCAAAAUUGA